GUAGGUGGCGCUGAAUGACGACGUACUGCUGUGCCUUCAGUUUUCCCGACGCUUCGCUUGUUUACAGUUGGCUUUAAAACCAGGUUGUAUUAUGUCACUGGAGUUUAAGCGAUGGAAGAGUGAGGACAGAAAACUAGGACUUGCAAGAAAUAUGGAGAUUCACCUCCUAAUUUGGACUAUUCAAUUCCUAUAGUGCUGCUUGACUCAAUCACACGUGGGUGGUAGAGUGCAAAACCGCUGAAAGACAUCAGACAUGUCCUCUGACUUUGAGUCUGUUUUUAAAAACUGGCUCACUCAUCGAGAAGAAGAUGAAGAAGGCAAUUUUGAUGAAGAGGAUGGUGAGAGGGUAGAGGAUUUGCUGUCGGGCAGUCAACAAGAUGGUGGUGAGGGAAAGAUGCAUCUUGACAGGGAGGCUUGGGAAGAGGAGGACAUGAACGAGAUGCCCAUUUUACAGAAGAUGGUUGAUCUUCCUUCCAAACAAAUACCAGAACAUGGCAGUGAACUUGGGCCUUCUCCUCCUCCACCCCCAUUGCAGAAGUCAGUUGGAGGUGACUUGAGGAAAGGUUGUGAACGGAUAACAUCCCGCAAGUCCAGAUCAUGUCGGAAGGCGCGGAGCAAAGCUUUCAGCUGUAUCCAAGAACCAAGCCAUGUGCAUACGAAGUCUAGCCAGCUCCAGGAGGGUGAUGACAGUUUUGUUAAAAAUGUGUGCAGUAAGCAGCAUCUUAAAAUGGGCAAAAGUUUACCGGUGAUAAAUCGUAGAAAAUUUGUGUCUAGAGCCACUGCCAAAGAAAUGGACUCUUCUUUAUCUCCGGUUCAUUUGACUCUAGAUCAAGAAACCAUUAAUUCUGACAAUUCCUUGCCGGCAUCCCCGAGCUGUAUAGGAGAUGUACUUCUUCAUCCAAAUUUCAGAGAUGAACACAUGAUGCAAACAUCUAGGAGAGAUUCUAGCAGUAUUCUCAGUAGAGAGUUGCGUAAGAGCUGUGUUUUGAGUCCAGAGCGAGACCUUGUGGAGCCUGACUCCACAUCUGAAAUUCUUGAUGUUCCAAAUGUUAGAAAAUCCCCGAAAAGUCGAAGUAAAGAGGAGCUGAGUAGGGUCAAUCUAUCCGUGGCACACGCAAAGACUAAGCAUGGCUUGGGUCAUUCAGGUGAGGUUACUGUACGUAUAACUGACGAAGGUGUUGGGGAGUGUGACAGUACCUCAAUGUGCCUAGCUUCUCCCAGUGCUAUUUCACCUGCCAGUCAAGGAGAGAUUGAAGAGCGUAUGUGUCCUGUGAUGGCUGACAAUGAGGAUGGUGGUCACCACUUGACAGAAUGGGGGACUGGUCACUGUAUUUGCCAGUGCCGUUCCCUGACCUCUCCUCCCGACCUUCCUUUCCUCCCCUCCAAAAAAUCUCGUUCUAGUCAUAGCAGCAAGAAUUCUCUAACAUCACGUCAUCUAGUCAGGAAGAACAGGCUUCUCAGCUGUGAUUCACUGCCACAUUUGGAAAGAAUGCCCAUCUGCACAAACCAGAAUGAAAGUCUGGAUUUAGAGGGGACUGGAAAUCAGAUCUGUGAGAGUCCUCCUAUGCUUAGCCUGCCAGAGUUAGAGCUGCAAGGUGAAGGAGACCUAAUAUGUUCCCCAAAGCUUGAUCCAGAAAUUGGGCAAGGCUCGUUCAUGAUAAAAUCUGAACCUGCUGAGACCCCUCCUCUCCUUGUGAAAUAUGAGGUAGAGGACAAGCUUCACAACCAAAGCAAAGGCUUGCUAGAGGAUUUCAGUUACGAUGAAAGCCCACCUGUUCUUAUUUUACCCAUGAAGGUAUACAGAAAAGGGACCAAAGGUGAUUCUAGAAGAAGGCACUCUUCACGCAGAAAACGUUCAUCUAGUGCUAGAAAGAAAGAAGCUAUGUCACCCCCUUGCCUCACAAAAUAUGAGGCCAAACCAUCCGAAUCAGGCAUAGUGCUCAAGCUUAGAGCCAAAAGAACUUUGUCAAAUCCUCGGUCGCCUCAGCCGGAUCUAAGAAGUGACAUGCCACAACUUCUGGUUGAGCAAAAGACACUUUCCACUGACCAGAUUCAUCCCUCCAAAGAGCCAGAGUCAGUCUCUGAGUCUGCCGUUGAUGAGAAAAAGCCUCCAAAGCAAGAACCCAAACAAGAGUUUCUUCUGGAGCCCAAGCCUGUUGCCAGGAGACGACACACUGUUGACAGUCCAGAAUUUCCUGUAGGUUUGCGCAAACGGAAAAGGGACAGCGAACCUGAACAGGGUGGUGGAGAGUCUAGGCUGCAUGACCCUAGUAAACACCAGCAAGAUGGGCUGAAGGAAAGAGAAGACUUCGGAAGUCGAGGAAAGAGGCAGAAGGCAGGUUUGGGUGGUGCAUGCUCAUGCUGCCGAAAUCCCAGCCCCAAACACAAGAGAAGACGGCGCAACACUGUGCACUUAGGUGAUCCAUUCUUUGAUCUUUCACCUGUUCAACGUGACUUUGUGCUCUUUUCUGUGAAGCUUUCGCGACUUCAGACACGCACACAUAGCUUGGUGUGCACUCUCUUUCCACGUCUCGCUCCAGAUCUACAGAAUAUUGCACCAGAAUCUCAAAAAUUUCUAGAAGCCAUAGAUGACAUCAUUGGUUCACUGCAACGCUCUGAGUUGGAAGAGAACAACAAAGAUUCUGCAGACCUUAGUUGUUUGAUAGAAACUCUCAGUCUGGCAGACAGAAAUGAGGAAGGAGAAAUACCUGUGUAUCUGCCCCAGGUGGUUGUGUGCCAGUCUCCCCAGCAUUCUUUGGAGGAGUUUCAGGACAAAGUUUGUAUUAUGCUUCAGUUACUUUUACCAGAUAUUACCGUUUCUCUUUCAGACAAUCUCUUUCAUACUUCUGAAGAGCUAGAAUUAAUGUUGGAGAAAAUUAUUGCUGCUAACAUGCUCAAGCCAAGCAAGAAAGAAUGAGGAAGGUGGUUUCCUCAGAAGGUUUUGUGACAACUGUUUUGUUUGUAAUUCUUACCUGUGCAAAUGCUUGCAUAUUUAUUGUAUUUGUGAUAAAAACAAAUUGGCAAUGUUUAAAAGAAAUGUUUGUAAAUGUUUUGCAUUCUUUGUAUAAGUGCACUGUGUAGUGCAAGACUGGAAAGGUUGAGGGACUGUUGAGUAAAAGUGAUCUGUAAAUUGGCAGAAUAAUUACUGAUAAUUUAGUAGGCAGAAGUAUCAUGAAUGAUCGAAGAUGACUUUUAGUUGGUUUUUAGUAGGCCCAUAUUUAAUGGUAUAAAUGUAAAGAAUAUUUUAAAUAAGUAGAUAGCGUCAAGUCGACAGUAUUUUUGAAAGCAUGUUUGACAGCCUCAGGUCAGCGGCAAACCUGGUGCUAUUGCUUUUGUAAAGUGCAUCACCUUGGUUGAAAUUCUUAAGCAUCAUGAGGAGCAGUAGUGACUGUGCUGAAAGUCACUCAGCAAGAAUUGGUGAGUUUUUUCAUGUGUGCAUUACUUCCUGUUUUGCAGUAUAGCAAUCAAAUUGAUGGUAGCAAAUUAAUUCCCAUGGUUAUGUUUCAUGCAGUAGCAACUGUGCCUGAAGUUAGCUUGCAAGUAAGUCUGCACUCGAUUGAGUUUCUUUUUGAAUGAUUCAUCUUUUUUAUUAUUCCCUAUACAUAGGUUCUGGACAUUGGAUUAACUUUUAAGAUGAUCUUUUACGGUCAGAGUGUGCAUCCCAACAAUGCUUCUUUCAUUGAGCAGUCUUGGCUGAAGGAGCAUUAUGAGUUUUCUGUUAUACCUUCAGGUUUGUUAUUUGUUAUUGUACCCUUUCCAAGCCAAGUCAUCCAAUUGUUAUAUGUGUGUCACAUCUUCACUUUAUAGAAAAAUCCGUGCUAGGCCAGAUGUGCUUUAUGCUAAAUUUACAUCUAUAUAUAAGAUGUGCAGUCUAUGCAGCACAGAAUUGCACAUCUCAUCCAGUCUCCCUGUAUGGCAUGUAGAGAUUUUGUAUGUGAAGCGUGUGUUGUAACUGUAGCAUUAUAUGACCAUAUUAAUAAGCUUUGUUUGAUAUAUUGGGAGUGAAUGGAGCAGGAGCCCCGCUGUUCCAGAUUGCUUGUCUACCCCAAAACUUAGAGGUAGUUGUCUCAGUUUUUCUUUCAUGUCAGUAUGUGGUCAUAAAAAUAGAAGAUUGUUUUGACAUUUGUAGAAGCCUAAGUAAUGUAAGAUAUCUGGUGAGAGAAAGUAUGUUUUGAUUGAUUCAGUUAUUUUAGGGGCUUACAUAUUCCAGAUCAUUUGGUAAUUAGAAAUGACAUUUCAAGGAGUUUGUGCAUAUGAAGUAUAUUCUGAAUCUUUUUUAAAUUUUUAUUUAUUGAUAAUAUCAAAAUUUCUGCGUUUGGGCAAAAGCAAAACAGAUAAGUCACAUAAGUCUACAAUUUAUCAUUUUGGGAAAAACUUGUAGUAUCAGUAGUUUUUUUAAAAAACUGCACAUUUGCAUGCUUAUGCAUUUUGUGUCACUGUGCAUCUGUUAGAGAUAUUCUGUGUAAAUGUCUCAGAAUCAUGAGAACAUUUUUCUCUAUGGAAUUAGGACCACAUGAUCUUUAUGCAGUUCACAAAUAUGGAUGACAAGAGCUUUGCUGUUUUUUUCCUUUCCUUCUCACUGAAUUCCUGAAGACUGCUCAUUUUAGUGAAAUACACAGUCAUGGUGCUGACAAUAAGGAGAUAAGAUGUUUUACGUUUGCAUGUAUCCACAAAAAUCUUUCUCUUGAAAGCUACAGUAAAUGGGCUGCUUUUAAAUGCUUGGCAUAUUACCUUGCAGGAAUUACACAAACAACCCUUUUAGGUGUAUUAAAUAUUGAUAACUGUGAUACAAUUCAGAAGUUGUACAUUAUACAAAAUGGUCCUUGACUGUAUUGUCAAACAUGAAGGAAAAAUGUGUCCUGGAUAUGCUACAAUGUUUGCUAGAGCCUAGAUUACAAGAAAUUUUGACUUUCUGUCAUUUUUUAAAAGAGUUACCUUCAGGAAUAUCACAUAACUGCAUUAUAUAUCUCAUUCAUACGACAAGAUUCCUUUGUUAAGCCAAUUCACAGCAUAUGUCCAUGUCCUGCUAGUCCAAUUGUUACGAAAAUGCAGAGAAAAGCAGUGUAAAGAUUGCAACAUAAGAUUUCUAUGGCUUAUAGUUUUAGUUCUUUGUUACCUUGUUCUAAGAAAAUUUGUAUAAUGUUCAGCAAAUGUUCUAAGAAUUGUAUGUCAAGUGUUCAGAUAUUGCCAGCAACAACAGUGUUCAAGGUUAAUUUUCCCCUUUUUAUACAUGGGAUUCCCAAGUUGCUGUUAAGAUACAUUUUUAUCCUGCUUUAAAGUAAUUUUUGCACUAUCAUGCCUAAUGUCAGGUCUUUUGGAGUUGUUGUGAAGGUAACUGGAGAACCAUAAAGAUAAAUGUAGUAAACGUUUUUUAUGGAAGUGUUCUUACAAAGUAUUCACAGGUUACAAAACUUGUCAUGAUGACGCUAACCUUGCACGAUAUAUAAUUUAGUGCUUUUAAAAGAAACUAGUGGAUUUUGGUUAAUGCAAGCCAUCUAAUGACAAUGGUGUGAGUUGCCGAUAUAUUGGAGCAGUUUCAGCCAAACAUGUAAACACGCGUAAUUCCAGCUGUGGUGUUCGGUUCGGGUGGAUGGGUGGGGAAGGGGAAUAUAUGCAUUUGUCACCAGUUCCAUGAUGAUCAGGUGCCUUGGUUAUUAUUUCGAGCACUCUGUUCUUUGCAUAUGUCCCUUAUUUACAGGGCCACCUGCUCAGCCCUCAUACAGCCUUAGUUGCUGGCUGUAAAACACCAAGUAAAAAAAUUAUUUCUGCUGUGUAAUGUGUGUAUUGGAGGAGUGUUUUGAAUAGAUCAUAAUGCACUUUCUUGAAUUCUAAAUAAUCAUAGAUCAUUACCAUAAGACAGAUUUUUCAGUGGCUGACAUUUUGACAUGAGCCUCUCAAAUUUUAAAUUUACUGCACCAUCAACAAGGUCUCCCACAAUGUUUAGAUCUUUGUAAUGAUUGGAUGAUAAAGACAUGUCUUAAUGACCUCCAUCUCAUAGCCUACAGAUCCUAUGAUUAAGCAGGUGUUGCCUGAUUAAGUAGCAUGUUGCUAAUAAGUAGAGCGAUUUUAUUUGGUGGGGGUUCAACUUGGUUUUUUGUUCUUUAACCUUCUUCCCAAAUAACCAGUACUCCCAACUAACCAGAAUCUGCUGUGUUUGCUUUUAAGCUGUUGGUUAUUAAUACAUUACCUUAAACAGAAAGAAAGAACCAGAACUACAUAUAAAAAAGUUUUCAUUGCUGUUUCUGUAGAUUUUCCCAGUUAUACUUAAGAGUACUUGAGUUUAAAGUUGCACCUGCAAUGCACAAAUCCCUAACCAAUGUUUACAUGUGCACACAGUGGACUGAAAAUGUUUUGUUCCAUGUUUUUGUUAAUUCAGAUAAGUGUCUUCUGCAGUAGAUAUGUCGAAGUCUGCAUUUAAUUUGUAUUUGGCAUAUACCUUUCACAAAUAUUCCCCCACUGUGUUGGUUUGUAUGUACAUGCAUGUGGCUUAUUGGAGCACCUGUUCAAGCACACACAGCUGUUAAUAGAACUGUCCUUGCUGAAGUUACACAUGUAGGAAGGGAACUCUGACACAAAUUUGUAAAAUAAUGUUGAAUAAAUGUUAAGAUAUAUAGCAUUGUUCAUUGUUUCUACAAGCUGACUGCUGCUAGAGCAAUUUUUAUCAUGUUAAAAAGCAAAAAUUCAUUAAUUGUAGUUGGAAAAAAAUUAUGCUAUGCAUAUCCGAUAAUGCUUCACACAUUUAACUUUGUACACUACGGUCAUCAUAGCAUGAAAGCGGUUUCUUUGGCUCCAAUAUAUAGCAGAUGUUACACCAUCGAUGUAUAUCUCUGGACUGCGUGUAGAAGAAUUUUACUGCAUUAACUUUAAGAAUGAUGCCAAAGCGCUAAUUACUGGAUUAAAAAUCAACAUCAGACAAGAAAAAUAUAACUAACACAUUUAUUUAAAGUCUAUUUUUUUGUUUUUGUUUUUUACUGAAAUUCCAGAUGUUAAAUUGCUAAAUGGUUUUGCCGAAAGCAUGACAGCCUACAGCUUCAUGAGGGGCUAAGACUUAGUCUCUCAGACAGCUAGCUGUCCAGAGAUAUUCACCCAGUUAUGCAGAACCUCCAUCAGCUGUAUAAAAUUUUUGACCAAACCAAAAUACGCUUUUAAUGCUAACAGUGUAAUAGGACCAAAUAUUAUUUCUCAAAAUGUAAAAUAUUUACUGGACCAUUUUUAACAGCAAACAAAAAUAAAAAUUGUUGCUGAGGACCAGACAACAGCAAAAUGUUGGCUGUUUAUUUGUGCAAUUCUGGUUGAAAACAGCUGAUAGGAUACAAAAGGGAAAUAAAUGUUUUUGAAAAUGUUAUCACACCCCAACCCUGUUGCAGUUGUGAGCGUAAACUGUUGAUUUUUCAUUGACAGAUUUGUUGAAUUUACUGUUGCUUCAACGUGUUAAUGUAUAUUCAAAACAUAUUACAAAGUUCAGUGACCUUGUGAAUGCCUGACACACUCUUUGUCUUCCUAGCACCAAAAGCUUUAUAGAAGAAUAAACAAUGACUAAAGUGUCUGAUCAUCUUGCUCCCCCAUCAUUGCUAUGCAAAUUGUUCACCAACCAAGCCAUUUUAAUUGGAUUAUAAAGUAGCCAACAGGUCCCAAGGAAUAAUCAAAUGUAUUCAGGGAAUUAUAUGGUCACUCUAGGGUGAUCAACCAUUUUCAGGUGAAAAAAGUAGGUGAACCAAGUCAUGUAAAAACUUCAGUCAGGCUUAAGUUAUUCGUUUUUUUAAAAAAAUAUUAUGCUAUUUUAAGUAGGAAGUUUAUCAGCCCAGUAUAUAACAAGCAUACUAUUAUCAGAAUGCAGAACUUGAGGCGCAUCCCAUAUUCCAUCAAUUCACAAUAUUACCACUACAGACACAAACAUCAAUCUGAAAUGUGUAUGUGAGUGGUAUGAGUAAGGGGGUGAAAUAGCAAAAGACCAGAUCUUGCACCAAUCCAUCUUUAAUAUUAAUAUUAGUAUUCUGAACCCAAAAAAAGUUUAAAAUUGGAAAGCAGGAAGAAAUAUGUGAAAGUGGCAGAUUUAUACAAAUCAACAUGAAUGGGAUUAUUUUUGUUAAUACUGUUGAUGAAUAAGGGUGUAGGGGCAUUGAACUCAAUGGUGAAGUUAGAGCCUUAACAAUGGUUGCAUAUAGCAAUAUUGAUAAAUGAUUUUUUUUUUAAUACAAAGUUAUUGUAUGUAUAAUUCAUACAUAAAAAUCCUAUCUAAAUUAUUUACUUUUAAAAGCACAUUAUGUAAUGCAUUAUUAGACUUGUACAUAGCUGUUUUCUUGUCUGUGAAAAAGAUUGUUCUCCAUCUCUAAUGAUGUGUGAUUGAAAUAUUUGAUGUUGAUACUGGUUUUACUUAAUGAUCAUGUCCUGACUGGAGCAAAUAUUGUGCAUUGCACUUUGCUGCUAUUAGUUUUGAGUAUCUGUAGUUUGUUGCCAAGUUUCUGGCAGAAACACUCCUUCCAAAGAUUGUUCUCUAUUUACCAUUUCACUACAGUGAGUAUUGACAAGAAUGGAAAUGUGAUAGAAUUUACUGUUAGAUUUGUUGAUAUGUCUUGCCUUUUGAACUGUUUAAGCUAUUCUGCUCCAGACUGAAAGUUAAACCUCUGCGUAUCCCUUGAACAUUGUGCUGUUCUCGAUUUAGUGUUUUACUUCUUUGAAAAAGGUGUACUUGUAAAAAUAAAAUGAGUAGUUCAUGCCAAUAGUUUAUUUCAGUUAUUUGAGAUCAGCUUCCGAUGAAGAAUCACAAGAUAUAACCUUUGCAGCAGUUUAUGGCUUCUGUGAUUUUUUUUUUUUUACAUUGUGCUGUUUUGUUUAGACAAAGCAAAAACUGCAUUUCAAAAUGCUGCUUUCAUAACACUAUGCAUUAACUGGUUGACAUUCAUGAUCAAAAUUUCUUUCCAGUCCAGAAUGUGUAACUUAAUUCAUAUGCUAAGUGGUGGUUUAAAUUCUUCAUCAAAAAAAUGUAUUAAAGAAUACAUAGUUUUUGGUGUGAUAUGAAGAAGAAUUUGGAAGUGGAUUUCAUAGACACAUACAAGAGAUUUUUUGUGUCUUUUUUUAAAGGAACUUCAUUGGGUUAGGCAGGGCAAGUGGUCUUAGAAUUAGACUGACCUUCCAUGGCAUUUGCUUCCUAUUCUUCUUUAGUAGAACAGGAUAUUAUUACAUGUACUGAUGUGUUGAACUUUCUUAAUUCACAUAGAGCAGAUAUGGUUGGAUAUUUUAUCCUCUAUAACUGGGCUGUUUCUUCCACAUACUUUUAUUUUACAGACAGAAGUUGAAUGUAAUAAGGUCAUGCUGUUUUAUGAUUCUAGUUUAACCUUGAUGAUCUUAGUCAGCAAUCACUGGCUGCAUUUCUACAAGAAUUUAGAACUACCGUAUAUAGUCUUAAUUAUUUUGCACUAAAUAUGAUCCCAAGCUCUUUAGAUGUGGUCUGUACAGGGGUUUUGGGCAAGUGUCCAGGCAUUUUGCAUGAAAUAGCCUCACACUAGUUUGCUUUCGUCAGGUCUCAGGAUCUAAAGCACUUUAUGUGCAAAAUUUCUUUGCAUAUUGUAAAUAAUAAUAUGCUGAGAUUGAUUUUUUUUUCCAGGCUGGUUACAUUCACAAUCAGUCUUGUAUUUGCACAAUUAACUUUUCAAGGGUAGUGCUGCUGAAAAGAGUGUACUUGAAGAUGUUUUUGUUAAAAUUUAUGGAUGUAGGUGUUCUGUACCAUUCAUUAAAGACUUAAAGAUUUUAAUUCCUGCUGACAGUACCUGCUCAUUUGUAGUCAGUCAACAAUCAACACUAAAAAUCUAUGGAACUCACGGCGAAUUGGAGAAGCACUUUUAAGAGUUUCUUUGAGGUUAGAGGGUGUUGGAAACAUCAGGGAAAAAUUGACUUUGUUGUCGAAGUUUCACAAACUUAAGACCACAAUUUCUUUUCAAAGUGUUUAACAGCUCUACUUCUUUGUUUAUUUAUGAAACGUUGGCUAUGUUUUGCCAUUGAAUUCACAUUUUCUGUUCACUACACAAUUCAUUUCUCUUCCACAUUGUUGCUUGUAUGCACAUUCUACCUAGAGUUCUGCAGUUAAUGUUUUUAAAAUGUGUUUCAUCUGAGUCCAAAAACAGUCAUUUAAUAUGCUAAGUGCAAAAGUGUAAUUAACAUUUGCACAGUUUCUUCUGUUUGCUGUUUCAUGCACUUUUUUAAAGGACUCUCUUCUCAUUUACAUAAAAAAUGUUUAGGGGUUUUUUACUUUUACCUUGACUAAAGAUAUUCAUAGAAAACAUGUCCUAAUGGCCACAAGUUAAAAAUGUUCAUGCUCGCUCUACUUAUGAUCAUAAUGACUUUCAUUCAUUAUUAGAACUAAAUGGUAUUUAAUAGUACUUUCAGUCCUGUCAAAGGCUGAUUUGCUAGGGCCUUGUAAGGCCACAGUUUCUGGGUCUUUCAUAAGAAUGUUAAUAGACAGGCAUAUGUGUUCAAGUCUCUGCUGUUUUUACAAAUGGCAGAAGGGAUUUGUGUAGUCUCUUAAAAUCUUGACGUACAUCUAAAGUUAAGGGGACUUGGGUUAGCUGGAUAUCAUUUAGCUGAGAUGGCAUUAUCUAGGAUUCUCUUUGUUGUCAGGAAAUGUUAUGACAAACUUUCAGCAAGAACUUCCACUAACAUUCUGAUAUUUGGGUGGAGGAUGUUAUUGUAUUGAGAUGACUGCAGAAUGUUACUUGUGGUAAGAUGACAAUGUUGUUCAUGUUUGAUGUGUUGCAUGUUUCACGCAACUUUUCCCAUGCCAAAUUUUGGUUCCAGCCCAUUGUUAAACAUGUGGGCCAACUUGAUAUCAUUCCCAACCGCUUGUACAGAGAGUCUUUUUGUGGAUUAUAGACCCACUCACCUUCUUCCCCCACACCUCAGUGGUGUGUCUUUGAUUUUUCAACCUCAUUGAUUUUGACAGAGUGUAGAUUGCCUUCAGUAACAUUAGCAGGUAAGGAUGCAGUAAAAUGUAUGCAGGAAUGAGAGGUCCAUCAAGUCAUCAUGGCUGACAAAACUGCAUUGAAUAUUUUUUUAAUUGCAAGAUUGCCUGUCAGAUUCAGAAAUUGUGGCAAAUCCAUUCUUCAGUAUAUAAGUUGUGUGUUUGCAGUUACAAGAAUGACAUGCUAUAAUUAAAUGAAAAUUACUGAAACAAAUUUGUAUUUAAGUAUUUUAACAAUCAGCAAGUGUAUGUAUUUGAACUGUCACUAGAAAGGCAGCAUUUUACCUGCUUUGAUCCUGCACUGAUGUCAUGAAGAGCAUGUUACUUUUGUCAUGAAUAAUGAUACCGUUUCAUCCAUAAGCAGUGUAUUAUUUGUAUAUGAUUAGCAUGUACAUACCAUUUGUGUGUUCUGUGUAAGUGCAUGUCUAAAAAUAUAUGGCAUAGAAAUAAUAAUAUGAGUACCUGAAGAGAUAAAUCUAGUCAGUGCCAAAGUCUUAAAUGCUAACAGUUGGUUGAAUUUUUAUUUUUCCCUCCCCUUUCUUCUCUUGCAUAUUUUUCCGUUUUUGAAAAGUUGAUAAGCUUACGUAGAGUCAAGGAUGUGUACUUAAAGGUUUUGUGCCCCCACAGCCCCCUCCCUGGCCACAAAUGCAUGUUAUGCACCAUACAUUUGUCACUGAACAAAAGGGGGUAACCUGAUAUUUUGUGUAUCUUGAUGGUGAUAAUAAAAUCUUGGUGAUAUUUUCCCAUGUGAGUUUCCCUUUGUUAUAUAUAUAUAUACCAUGCAGUUUCUGCAGAUUUUUAAGAAUCUGUAUACUGUUGCAAAUUUUGUUGUUACCGUGUGAUCCGUAGGGCAGGCAGUAGCUGCCCUUGCUAACUGUGAAAUAUUAACUAUAUCAGUAGAUGAUGUAGGGAGUGUGUGUGUAUGCAUGCACAUGCAUGCUCGCAUGUGAUAAAGGUUUUGUUAAAAUAGAAGAUUACUACAAAAUGUAUGGUCACAUUUUAUCAUUUUCAUCAUUUCAAAUGUAAACCUGUUUGUUUUGUUUUUUUGUUGUUAGUUUUUUUUUUUUUUUGUUCACUCUUUUGUGAUUUGAGCCUGGUUUUGCUUUGCCUAUUUCAAUUGCUUAGCCAAAGUCUGGUUAAGUUUGUUUCAGUCCAUGACCAAAAUAAGGUAACUUUUUGUAUGUUUUGAAUAGAAAAUGAAAGUCACUCAUUCUUUAGUGAUGAUAUUUAUCAUUUCUUUUCUGAAUUUAUUUUAAGGUUUUGGAGCACAGGUUUUUCAGCCAUUAUAUUGUGACACCCUUUUGAUUAAGAUCAUAUUCUUCUUAAAGAACUGAUUUCUGCACGUCCUUAGUUAAAGGUUGCCUCCCUUGAACCCUUUUACAUUUAUUAUACCACUGAUGUUUGUUUAACCUACAAUCCUACAUUGUCACACCCUCUUUUGUGCCUCACCAAAAAAAAAAAAAGGUGGGAUUUAAAAAUCUAUAGAAUAUACUUUUAAAAUUUGUAGUUUUUACUCAAUCAAUAUUAUUGUUUACCUUCAACAUUUGCGUCAGUCCAGAAUCUUUUCAUCGCUUAUGGAAAGCAUAUUUUUCACUUUCCAAAGCCUCUUACAUAAUAAGUCACAUAUGACCAACCACUGCUAUGCUCAUGACUUUAUAAUUUCUUUGUUCAGUUUUUCCUAGCCAAAUUUGAAACAUAGUAAGUGGAAAAUGCUAUUGUACACCAUUUUACUUUUUUAAUAGCAUAUUUCGGUUGUACAGUUAAAAAAUGGCUGAGGUGAUGGCAUUUACAAUGGCAAGACUUAUGUCUUUCAGUGCUCCAGCCUCAGAUAAUUUCAUGGUGCUUAGGAAAAAGUAACAAAUGAUCAGACAGGAUAUUUUUUAGUGCUGCCCCUGCUUUCUCAAACUUUGAAAUGUUGCAGCUUAAAAUGACCUAAUUUAUGUUUCACCAGAGGAGAAAAUCUUUUGAUUUUAUGGAAAAAGAUUGUUUUAGUCUAUUCAAUAGAAGAAAGGUCUGUAAAAGGAACUGUUUCAGUUUAUGAGAGUGUAGGCUGCAUAUUUGAAAAGUUACAUAGUUUUGUGUCUACCCUGCUUGUUUCACUUAAAUGAAUUAAAGAAUGAGCCAUGCUGAAAAAAGAAAUAUCUGUGGCUCUGAGAGUUAUAUUUGUUUGCAUGUUUUUCACCCUGUUGGUGUUGGAAGAAUGACAAUCUUUGUUAAUUUUAAUUAAUUAAGCAUUUUAUGCUGUUUAAGACUUUUUAAGGAGAUAUAUUUUCAGUUCACCAAAGUAUUGGUGUAAUAGGUCUUACGUAUGAUUGUAGUGAAUAGUGUACUGUGCAAUUUUUAAAAAGUUUAUCUCUUCUGUAUGAUGGCUAUUAAUGGUCAACAGCAUGAAGUGACUAUUGCUAUUUAUAGAAAUAAAUCUCUCAUCAGAUGUC